CAUCCCCCUGCUGUUCUCUCUUUCUCCCUCACUCUUCCAGGAGUGAUUCCUCGCCCAGACCCUGGACCGGGAAAGGAGCAGAGCAGGUUGGCAGACCCAGCAUCCGGGAUGCUCACCAUGACCAGGGCCUUGGAAGAGGCUCUUCUCCAGCACUUCAUAUACCAGAAGCUGGAAACUGCCUAUGCCAUAUACAAGCCAUUUCCCUUCCUUGAAGGCUUCCGAGACAACUCCUUCAUCACAGAGACAAUGUACAGGGAAUCCUUGGAAGCCUGUAGAAAUCAGGUCCCCGUACCCAGAGUAGUGUACAACAUCCUCACCCACCUGGAAAAGACCUUCAGUCUGUCGAUUCUGAAGACGUUGUUCAGCCGAAUUAACCUGCAUGAAUAUCCCAGUCUGACAACUAUUCUCAAGGGCUUCAGAAGAGUUGUCAUUGCCUACGGAGGAUGCAACAGAGCUGUGCUGACCCUCCUCGAAGCUCCAGCCAACCCAGCAGAAGGAUGCUCCCUCCAGACGCUGCUGCCACUGCCCCCGCUCCAGAGCCACCAGCCCCCUUCACCCAGUGUCACUGAACCCAGUUCAUCAGCACAGCAUAGAGCUGAGAUCGUGGGUGAACCAUCCAGCCCUUCUGACCCUGCUGUGGCUCUCCCCAGAGCUACCCAGGAAGGAAGGAUCCUUCCAGAAGACCCACAGGAGACGUUUGGCUCUCCCCCCAACACUGUUCAAGUGAUAACAGAUGACUCUAAUGAACCAAACGACCCCGGAGAGCUCCAGGAGGCAUCCAGCAUACCUCCCAACAAGAAAGGAAAGAAAAGAAAAAGAUGUAUCUGGUCAACUCCAAAAAAGAGACGCCAGAAAAAAAGCCUCCCAAAAGGGAAAGCCUCGCCUCGGCAUAGAAGCCAAGAGAAGCUCCAAGUGGUGGAACAGGCAACUCAAAGGAAGGACGAUUCACCCAGGAAGUCAAAUGUCAUGCCAAGGGCCCAAAAGGCAAGCGCUGAAUGUGCCCAAAGCUCUGGACCAGAGGAAACCAGUGAUGACUCACCAGAAAUGAAUGAAGAAAAGAGCCUCCAGGAGGAGCCGCCCAGCACAGCACCAAGCACCCCACAUGAUCCAAAAAAUAAUGGAAAUAAACCAUCUUUGGAAAGAUCUCCUGGGGAAAAGCCUAAGUCCUCACCUAGGCCCAGAAUCCAAGAGAAACUCCAUGUGGUGGAUCAAGCAACUGAAGGGAAAUGUGAUUCAACCAGGAACUCAAAGAUCAUGACAAGGGCCCCAAAGGCAAAGACAGAAUGUGUCCAAACCUCUGGACCAAAGGAGAAGAAAAGGAAAAAAGAUGUUGAUUCAAGUUCAACAAGAAGGUGUCAGAAAAACAUUCCUCCAAAGGAAAAACCUGAAGAUGAAACUGUAGAUUUUCUCUCUCCUGAACUUCCUGUGACCUGUGGUGAAGCCAAAGGGAUUUUAUACAAAGAGAAAUUGAAACAAGGCUCCUCAGAGAAGUGCAUUCGGAAUGAGGAGGGAGUUUGGUUCACACCAAAAGAAUUUGAAAUCGAAGGAAAACGGGCAAAUACAAAGAAAUGGAAGGAGACUGUAUAUUGCAGAGGAAAGACCUUAGGAGAACUGCUGCAGAAAGGACUUUUGUUCUGUCCUCCAAGAAGUGUCAAGAGAGAGGGAGAAAACUCCAAGGAAUGUGAGGUGUGUUGUAGAGGGGGACCACUGGUCUGCUGUGACACUUGUCCAAGAGCCUUUCAUGAGGACUGUCACAUCCCAUCUGCAGAGGCAGAGAGGAGCUCGUGGACUUGCACCUUCUGCCGGAUAAAGGAGUCUUCGGGAAGGCAGCCGUGUCACAGGGAAUCUGAGGUCCUGGAGAGGCAGAUGCAGCCUGAGGAGCGGAUGAAAUGUGAGUUCCUCCUCUUGAAGGCCUACUGUCAUCCACAAAGCUCCUUUUUUGCAGAAACCCCACAUAACAUUCGAGAUUAUGGAGAGCCCUUUAAGGAAGCCAUGUGGUUGGACCUGAUUAAGGAAAGGCUGACUGAGAACGUGUACACAGUGGAGUGGUUUGUUCGCGACAUGCGCCUCAUCUUUAGCAACCAUAAAACAUUUUACAAGGCUUCCAACUUUGGUCAGAUAGGACUGGACUUGGAGGCAGAAUUUGAAAAGAACCUCAAACAGGUGUUUAUUUUUUGCAAAGCCAAUGAGAACAGCUUCCAGACUCGUUGACCCUGUUCUAGAAAGACUAAGGCACCCAACUUCAGGACCCAGAUGACAUGACCAUGGCCAUCUUUAGAUAGCCAGUGAGUCUGGGAUGCUAUUGGCUACCCUCUUGACUCAAAGCCAGAGCCUUCAUACCAUCAUCAUGCCUUCUUUUUUUUUGUUUGAUUCUUUCUACACCUAAAAGUGUGUGUGUGUUUGUGUGUGUGUGUGUGUGUGUGUGUGUAAGAUACACCUCUAAUCCCCAGCCAAAACCACAAGCCUCUUCUUUGUCAGUAUUUCCAUCUCUCUUCUCCCACAGUUAUCUAUUCUCUUUUACUCAACUAAAUUACAGGGAUAAUAGCUUCAGAAUUUCUACAGUCCUACCACUAUGAAAAAGAAACCAAGUUGAAUCUUAAAUUGUGUGGAAAUU